UCCAGUUUGGUCGAUAGCAGCACAACAAAGAGGAGGGCAAAAGGAGAGGCCAAGAAGCGCUAGCUCGCGAUAAGAGUAGCCCAGGCACCGGCAUGGCAGCCACGGCGUACUCCGUGGCGCUCCUCGGCGGCGCACGCCUCCCCACCGUCCCGCGCUCCGCCCUUCUUCCCCGGCGCAGCGUUUGCUCCCUUCGCCUCCAAGAUGCGCCGAGGCUUUCUCUGCUCCGGGUCAAGGCCGCCUCCGAGGACACCUCGGCGUCCGGCGACGAGCUCAUCGAGGACCUGAAAGCAAAGUGGGACGCCGUUGAGGACAAGCCGACCGUGCUCUUGUACGGCGGCGGCGCCAUCGUCGCCCUCUGGCUGACGAGCGUGGUCGUCGGCGCCAUCAACUCCGUGCCGCUGCUCCCCAAGCUCCUGGAGCUCGUUGGGCUUGGCUACACCGGCUGGUUUGUGUACCGCUACCUCCUCUUCAAGGAAAGCAGGAAAGAGUUGGCCACUGACAUUGACAGCUUGAAGAAAAAGAUCGCUGGAACAGAAUAAACUCUCUCGAAAAUUUUGGAUGGCUCUUCGGAAAAAUAUCUAAUGGGAGAACCAACUACAUGAGUACUACUGCCCAAGUGUGCUAUAUAUCUGUAUACAAAGGAAGCUUUGUUAUGUUGUGCAGUAACAUUGUAGUUCAAAUGUAUCGUACUACCAGUUCAUUAAAUUCUUCUUUUUUUUAGCA